UAGCUUGCAACACCACCGGCCGUGAGCAUCUUAUACGAGCCUCCUCUGGCAAUCAAUCCAACAAGCAGUCUCGCCGGAAGAAAGAUGGCCGCCGCGGAAUCCCACGAUGUUGAGUUGCUAGACCUCGUGAGCUUCGGGCACACGCUCCGCCACCAUGGCCUCGUCAUCGCCGACGCCAAGGCGGACCACGACAUCCCCGUCGACGUGUUCAUGCUCCUCCUCGCCGACAACACUGUCGUGUACAAGAACUCCGGGGACCUCGAGGUGGUUGACAGGACCCACCUGCGCCCUGGACAGGUGGUCGGCUCGGCGUCCGACGAUGACGGCCGGCUCGGCGUCGUCACCAGCGUCACCACCGUGCUCGACCUGGCCAAGCAUGCCGUGGGGACACAUGUCAUCACGGGCGUGCCCCCGUCUACCCUCCGACACGUAAGGAGCUUCAACCUCGGCGACUUCAUCGUGUCCGGGCCGUGGCUUGGCCGGGUUGUCGAGGUGUCCAUCGACGUGGAUGUGUUGUUCGAUGACGGGGCGGUCUGCAGGGUCGCCAACGCAGAGUCCAAGAAGCUACAACUAGUGCAUGACACCUCAGCUGGCGGCAACAAAACACAACGAGUGUAUCGCGGUCAAAUGAACACUCUUUUCAACCCUGGGCAGCGCGUCCGUGCACCAGACCCGUCUUCCCUCUUCAAGGCAGCACGCUGGCUCAACGGCUCCUGGAACCCUGACCGUCAGAUGGGCACCGUCAGCAACUUAGAGAUGUCCGGCGUCAUUGUCUACUGGAUUGCAUCCAUGCACCAUGGCACGGACAAGGAGCUCGUCAAGGCAUCGGCCCCUUCGGCCUACCAGAACCCGGACGAUCUUACUUUCUUCUGUGCCGCGCACGACUGUAGCUGGGGGGUAGCUGACCGCUGCUUUUUCCGCAAAGACAAUGCGACUGAUGAUGAUGAAUGUGAAGCACCAACAGCUCAGGCCGAGGUGGAGUUUCCCAUGGUCGUUGUCAACACACAUACCUCCCUUGACGUGCUAUGGCAGGACGGCACACGACAACAAGGCAUAAGUUCAGCGACUGUCGCCCCCUUUCAAGUAGUGGAUGGAGAGUUAUUCCCGGGACAUCACGUCGUCGGUGUUCUUCAUGUUGAUGCUACCGGCGACCACGAUGACAAGACUACUACUAGUGUAAACAAUGACAUUGUUGCUGAUGGAACUCCAUUGUCACGGCCCGUGGGCGUCCUCAGGAGCCUACACUACGGAGACCGGACGGCUUGCGUGUCAUGGUUGAACGGGGCUGGUGAGGUUGAGUGUGACGAUGCCGUGACUGUAUACGCGCUGAAAAGAGACUCUUCUUACCUAUAUGCUUACUAUGGAGAUAUUGUCAUUCGCCUCCUACCGUCAGGAUCAGCCAACGGUGAAGAAACCAUAUCAUUGAUUCAUAGCAAGAAGACGAAGCGUGCUGCUGCAUCCGAUCUUUCAUGGGUGGGGCAUGUUGCUGAACUUCAUAAUGGACACGUCCAAGUCAAAUGGGGUGAUGGUAGCAUGUCAAUGGUAUUGCCCCAAGAGAUUCUUGUCGUCAAGGAGGAGCACUACAUGAAUCUGUUGAAUUUAAUGGAGAACUGGGUAGUGGUCGACGACAAACCAACCGCAGCCGCAGUUAACACGGACCAUGGUCUACAGAAUCCGGCUGACAAUAACGAUGUCGAAGGCGACAACCCGGCAAUGACGAGGACAAACCCUUUGGGCUUUGCAAGCCGGUCUUUGUUUCAAAGGACAGGCAACAUGGUGGCUCGGGUUAAGCAAUACGUGACAGGGAACUGGUGGCCGUUGUCGUCAUCACCAAGCUCAGGGUUACUUGUGCCCACAUAUGACGGCGAUGAUACAAUAGAGACAUCCGAUGCUACCAUGGCGAGGAACAUUCUGGAUGCGAGCGGGCACUAUUUUCCCAAGGGGACGAAAGCUGAUGACAAGCCCUUCGGAUCACCAUUACCUUGACACCAUGGACAAGUAAUUACAGUUUUUUUACAGAACGAUGAAGAAUCAAAUUGUGUGAUUUAGGCACAUAUAAAAUGGUGGAGAUUGAAACUAGUCCCUCAAGUUAUGAAGGUUGAUUUACUCUGUUCAUGAUCA